UCCGGGAUUUGAUUGGUGCCCUCUUUACAACACGUUUGCAAGGUCAGCCAAUCGUAUAUCUCAAACACAAUUCUAUGCCAAGUGUUGCUGGGUAUACAACAUAAAAACAACUGAAUUUAAAACCCACAUCAACUAGCAGCUUCAACGGCAGACACGGUGUCUGCAUAAUUUUUUUUUUAUUCGCACGCAUUUCCGCUGCUCCAAAUCCACUUUUUAAAACAAUGGCAACUGACUGCGAGGCAUGGCUGAACGCUAACCCCCUUGACGCAGACGAUCUGAGUGACUCUUUCCUAUCGGGCGAAGAGGAGAACGGCAUUAUCACCAAAAACAUCAAGAACGAAAUAAAUGGCAACUGGAUUUCAGCACCUAACAGUAUCCACGAGGCCCGUCUCAAAGCCAAAGCGAAGAGGAGGCUGAGGAAGACUUCUUCUAGAGACUCUGGGAGAGGGGACUCGUUUAGUGAGAACGGGGACCCCUCCCGGGGUACUAAUGGCACCGCACCCCCCACCAGCCCCAAGAGCAAACUGCUGGACAGGAAGUCUCGGGCAGGGAAGGGAAGAGGACUUCCAAAGAAAGGUGGGGCGGGGGGCAAAGGGGUGUGGGGCCCACCUGGAGAAGUGUACGAUCUGGAGGAGGUCGACGUCAAAGACCCCAACUAUGACGAAGCUCAGGAGAACUGUGUGUAUGAGACAGUGGUUCCUCCGCUGGAGGAGGGGGCCUUUGAGAAGACGCUCACUCCCAUCGUGCAGGAGUACUUUGAACACGGCGACACCAAUGAAGUAGCGGAGCUCCUGGGUGAACUCAACCUAGGCUCCAUGUCUAGCGGGGUUCCCAUGCUGGCUGUGAGCCUGGCCCUGGAGGCAAAGGCCAGCCACAGAGAGCUAACGUCCAGGCUGUUGACGGACCUGUGUGGCCGCGUGCUGAGCCGUAGCGACGUGGAGAGCUCAUUUGACAAGUUACUAAGGGAGCUGCCUGACCUGGUGUUGGACACACCUGGAGCCCCUCAGCUCGUCGGCCAAUUCAUUGCCCGGGCUGUCAAAGACCAGAUCCUGUCCAGGAGCUACUUGGACGGCUACAAGGGGAGAGUCGACUGUGUCCAUGCAAGGGCGGCCUUGGACCGGGCGGCGGUGCUGUUGAAGAUGGGUCUGGGCGGCCUGCGCAUCGACAACCUCUGGGGAACAGGCGGGGGUCAGAGACCUGUCACCCAGCUCGUCAGAGAGAUGACCCUGUUGCUGAAGGAGUAUCUUCUGUCUGGAGACAACAAGGAAGCAGAGAGGUGUCUGAGAGAACUGGAGGUGCCACACUUCCACCAUGAGUUUGUCUAUGAGGCCAUAGUCAUGGUCCUAGAAUCCAAAGGGGAGAAAACGUUCAAAAUGGUUCUGCAGCUGCUGAAGUUUCUGUGGGUGUCCUCCAUCAUCACUGUGGACCAAAUGAGAAGGGGAUACGAAAGAGUUUACAUGGACAUAGCUGAAAUCAACAUCGACGUCCCUCGUGCGUACUUCAUCUUGGAGCAGUUUGUCGACAAGAGUUUCAGUGCUGGCUUCAUCUGUGAAAAGCUGAGGGAUCUUUGUCCUAGUCGGGGCAGGAAGAGAUUUGUGAGCGAGGGGGACGGCGGUCGCUUCAAAUUGGAAAGCUACUGAGAAGCCAUUUUGUGCCAGAGAUGUUCCGCUAAACUGAAGCUACUUUUUUACUAUGAUCCAUAUGUCAGUUAUCGUUUUCCUUAACAGUGAAAGAAUGUACAUUUAAAAAAAAAAAAAUGCGUAAAAUCGCACUUUGUUCUUUAGUUGAGGAAAAGUUAGACGAUACACCCAUUUAAGGUGUUUGAGUAUACAUGUAUAAGCUAAAAACCCAGAAAGUGCCACACCUCAACGAGUCAUUCCAUGUUGUUUUUAUAUUUUCUCUUUCACUGCCACUCCUUUCUUGUUCUAGAUGAAAGUGUUUGUACAAGAAUUAAACUGGUUUGUGUAUAAAGCUUUUUAAUGAAAAGGGGGGACAGAUCGUUGGUUCGAAGCAACACCUUCCCUCACCAGCUGCUGUCUGUUUCUAGCCUGGUUUCAAGAUCUCUUUGUGCUGUUUUACACAACUUCUAUCAUAGGAAUUUGGGCAAGAUGGCACAAACCGAUCUGGGUACCAGACUAGUUUAUUUCUAUGCUGUGCUUGACUUUCUUUUUUUUUUUUUUAAUUACUCAAGGCAAUUAAUAAAAAAUAAAGUUAAGAUAUUGGGAACUAGUUUGCGAUCAUUUCACAACAAAAUGGUGUCCAGAAUGUUUAUUUUUAUAUUUGGGGAACACUGUUGUGAAAUCUACCAAGUCUUAAUUGCUCCCUGAUUGUCAAAAGUUCAAUAAAUUGCUAUACAAAAUGUU